GCGCAGUCGGAAGCCCCGUGCGGACCACGGCGGACCGCGGGGGUAUCGCAGGGGACCAAGGCCCCUCUCGCCCUCAGCCCGGACCCGGCACUCGUCCGCCGCUGGGGCUUGGGCUGCCCUGGCCGGGGAUGGCGGCGGCAGCUGAGUCCGGGGCCCGCGCCUGGCUUAGCGGUGGCUCCCCGCGCCCGGGCAGCCCAACCUCCAGCCCGGAGCUGGGCGCCGGAAGCCGCUCGCGACUGGGGCCGGGGUCCGGGCCAGGGUCAGGGAUAGAGCGGCCAGGCGCCAGGCCACCUGGCCCCUCCGCGCCCGGCCACAGCUUCAGGAAAGUGACGCUCACCAAGCCCACGUUCUGCCACCUCUGCUCCGACUUCAUCUGGGGGCUGGCCGGCAUCCUGUGUGAUGUCUGCAACUUCAUGUCCCAUGAGAAGUGCGUGAAGCACGUGAAGACCCCCUGUACGAGCGUGGCCCCCAGCCUGGUCCGCGUCCCUGUGGCCCACUGCUUUGGCCCCCGGGGUCACUACAAGCGCAAGUUCUGUGCGGUCUGCCGAAAGGGCCUGGAGGCGCCGGCGCUUCGCUGCGAAGUGUGUGAGCUGCACGUUCACCCCGACUGUGUGCCCUUCGCCUGCAGCGACUGCCGCCAGUGCCACCUGGACGGGCACCGGGACCCCGACACACACCACCACCACUGGCGGGAGGGGAACCUGUCCUCGGGCGCGCGCUGCGAGUUCUGCCGGAAGACGUGCAGCUCUUCCGACGUGCUGGCCGGUGUUCGCUGCGAGUGGUGCGGUGUCCAGGCCCAUUCGGUCUGCUCCGCGGUGCUCACCCCCGAGUGCACUUUCGGGCGCCUGCGCACCAUGGUCCUGCCCCCAGCGUGCGUGCGCUUGCUGUCCCGCAACUUCAGCAAGAUGCACUGCUUUCGUAUCUCCGAGAGCGCGGCCCCGGAGCCAGGUGAUGGGGACGACGGUGUGGACGGAAGCGCCCCUGCUGGCCCUGGUAAAGAGGUGGCAGCGCCGGAGUCCAGCAAGCAAACUCUGAAGAUUUUCGAUGGCAACGACACAGUGCAGAGAAACCACUUCCGUGUCAUCAGCGUCCCCCGCCUGGCCAGGAGCCAGGAGGUGCUGGAGGCGGCGCUGCGGGCCUACUACAUCACGGAGGACCCCCAGGCCUUCCAGCUGCAGGCGCUCCCCCCACCCACUCAGGCUGGUGACGCUGACACCGAGGCCCUGGGGAAGGUCUGGAGCGGUGGGACUGCCGAGGACGAGGGUAGUAGAGGCCCAGGGUCCCGAGACGUUCCCGAGGCCUGGGUGAUUCGUGCUCUGCCCCGCACCCAGGAGGUCCUGAAGAUCUACCCUGCCUGGCUCAAGGUCGGUGUGGCCUACGUGUCCCUCCGUGUGACCCCGCAGAGCACGGCCCAGACUGUGGUGCUGGAGGUCCUCCCACUGCUUGGACGCCAGGAUGAGGGUCCGGAGGGCUUCCAGCUGCUGGAGGUGCUCAUGGGCAGCAGGCAAGUCCAGCGGAUGGUGCUGGCGGAUGAGGAGCUCUUGCUUGGCCGGCUUCAAGCUAUCCGGCAGACGUCCCUACGGCAGAUGAGCCAGACACGGUUCUAUGUGGCUGAGAGAAGAGCGGUGGCCCCACGUGUCUCUCUGUUUGUGGGAGGUCUGCCCCCUGGCCUGUCUCCCCAGGAGUACAGCAGUCUUCUGGACGAGGCUAUGUCCCUGAAAGCUGGCCUGGUGUCCAUGAGCCACGUCUACUCUUCUCAAGGUGCCGUGGUGCUGGACGUGGCCUGCUUUGCCGAGGCCGAGCGGCUGUAUAUGCUGGUCAGGGACACGGCUGUUCACAGCCGGCCGCUGACUGCCCUGGUGCUCCCGGAUGUGCUGCACACGAAGCUGCCCCCAGACUGCUGCCCUCUUCUUGUGUUUGUGAACCCCAAAAGCGGAGGCCUCAAGGGCCGCGAUCUGCUCUGCAGUUUCCGGAAGCUGCUGAACCCGCACCAGGUCUUCGAGCUGACCAACGGGGGGCCUCUGCCUGGGUUCCACGUGUUCUCCCAGGUACCCUGCUUCCGGGUGCUGGUGUGUGGAGGGGAUGGCACCGUGGGCUGGGUGCUUGCCACCCUGGAGGAGGUGCGGCACCGUCUGGCCUGCCAAGAGCCUGCCGUGGCCAUCCUGCCCCUGGGCACAGGGAAUGACCUGGGCCGGGUCCUCCGCUGGGGGGCGGGCUACAGUGGAGAGGACCCAUUCUCCGUGCUGCUGUCGGUGGACGAGGCUGACGCUGUGCUCAUGGACCGCUGGACCAUCCUGCUGGACGCUCAGGAGGCUGGUGGAGGGGAGGGCAGUGUGGUGGACGCAGAGCCGCCCAAGAUCGUACACAUGAGUAACUACUGUGGGAUUGGCAUCGAUGCAGAGCUGAGCUUGGACUUCCACCAGGCUCGGGAGGAAGAGCCUGGCAAGUUCACGAGCAGGCUCCACAACAAGGGCGUGUAUGUGCGGGUGGGGCUGCAGAAGCUCAGCCAGGCCCGCGGGCUGCACCGGGAGAUCCGGCUGCAGGUGGAGCAGCAGGAGGUGGAGCUGCCCAGCAUCGAGGGCCUCAUCUUCAUCAAUAUCCCCAGCUGGGGCUCGGGGGCCGACCUGUGGGGCUCUGACAGCGACUCCAAGUUCGAGAAGCCACGCAUGGAUGACGGGCUGCUGGAGGUGGUGGGGGUGACGGGAGUCGUGCACAUGGGUCAGGUCCAGGGUGGGCUGCGCUCUGGUAUCCGCAUCGCCCAGGGGUCCUACUUCCGUGUCACCCUCCUCAAGGCCACACCUGUGCAGGUGGAUGGCGAGCCCUGGGUCCAGGCUCCCGGGCACAUGAUCAUCUCAGCUGCAGGCCCCAAGGUCCACAUGCUCAGGAAGGCCAAGCAGAAGCCCAGGAAGGCUGGGAACCCCAGGGAUGCACGAGUGGACGGGGAGCCUGCCCCCGAGGGAGACUCCAAGUAGAGGAGGGCCCUGGAGUCCUGCAGAAGUGCCCGCGGUGGAGGGACUCAAACACAGCUCUGACCACAGGCGUCUCCUUGUCCCCAUCCCUGUGCCACACGGAAGCUGCAGGGUGGGUGUUGGGCAUGGGGCUCCCACUGGCCACCCCCUCACCCCCUGGGGCCCGGGCCACUGUCCUGGGGGGGCAAGCACUCCUCCCUUUGUGUCCCUGUGCCUCCACUGAACCCCUUGAGAGGGGCAGUGCUGGACUGCAUCUCCCACCCCUCUGGCUACACUCACGGGCCCUGGAUGUGCCCAGGAUGGACCCAGGACCCCUCAGGCACUAUUUCCCCUGGCCUCACUUCACCACUGGGCCUGGCCUUGAGCUGGGCUGGUGGCCCUGGAGUGACAGGGCUGCACCUGGGGAGGCCAGGUGGGCUUGGCUUCUCCCUGGAGACCUGGUGUGCUGCCCAGCAGGGAGCAGCAGGCCUGGCCGGGAGCCCAGAGGGAGUCAGGAGAGCGUGAAGUGGGGAGCAGUGGCUUUAAUCACUGAGGUCAGUGUGGGGCUUGUCCUUCCAUCUGUCCAGUCACCAAGCCAGUUCCAUGUCUGCUCGGUGGGCCAGACUUGUCUCAGUGCUUCUCCAUGGGGGAGCUCGGUGAUAUGGGACAUGGCUGUGGCUGCUGGGCGGGCUGCUCACCACAGCCCUGCUGCUGAACCCAAGUCCAGCUGGCUCAGGCCACAGGGGAACCUGAUCAGAACCUAACAAGCUGCCUAGCACGUCCCGUGCCCCAGAGGGCCUGCCUCUCCUGACUGUCUGGUACCCUCGCCCUUGGCAGUCGGGCCUCCUAGCCUUCACACCUCAGGCGGCAGCAUCACCAGGACGUUUGGCCUCAACCUCAGAUGUGGCCCCACCCAGCCCCCCAAGCUUGUGCCAAAACCGCCCGGACAUGCAUCGUAAGGGCUGCAAGUGAUGGGCAGCCUUCUCAGGUUCCUCUGGAACACGUGUGAUGUGUGAGACUCUCACGUCUGUGUCCCCAGGGGUGGACUUGGCUUUUGCUUUGCAGGCCCUGUGGGUGGUCAGGUCCUCCGUAUUUAAGUGAGUCUGUGUCCCCAGAGGGGGCUCCGCACUGAUGCCCUCCCUCAUGUGUAACUUACCACUACCUGAAGGCGACCAUAACUUAUAUCUGGGACAAAUACAGUCCGGGAAUCCA